AUGAACCCUCUGGUCGCCAAACAAGUGGACGCCAUUUUGGACAAAUACCUCGCGGCAGGUUUAAUCCAACACUCCACUUCUCCGUACUGCAGCCCCAUCGUCGUCAUUCCAAAAAUAUCUGGAGGGCUUCGCAUCACCGUCAAUUACCAGAAACUCAACCGCAUCAGCAGCUUCAGUCAACUACCUGUUCCUCGUGUCGAUGAGAUCAUGAACAAACUGCACCAGGGCUCCAUCUUCUCGCUCUUCGACUUCACGGGCUCCUUCCACCAAGUUCCCGUGCACCCCGACACAAUUCCGCUCACUGCAUUCGCCACACCGACUCGCCUUUUCGAGUGGCUCAAAAUGCCAAUGGGUGCCAGCCAAUCUUCAGGCUGGUGGAUGAAGGUUAUCAACGACGUAUUCGAAAACCUCGAAGGCGUCGACGCAUAUCUCGACGAUGUGGUGCUCUACGACAAGACACCGGCGGAUCACAUCCGCACUAUGCGCGCCUUCCUACAACGGCUGCGCAAGCACAAGCUCAAGCUUUCACAGCCUAAGGCCACCAUUGGCACGACACACUCUGCAUUAUUGGGACACACCAUUACUCCCGACGGUAUCAGGCCCAACGCCAACAAAGUAGCCGCGCUGGCGGCUAUGCCAAUGCCAACCGCCCUCAAGAGACUUCGCUCUCUUCUCGGUGGUCUGAGCUACUACCGCAGCUUCGUCAAAAACUUGUCUAGACGAGUACGCCCCGUCACGACAAUUCUCAAGAAAAAAUCGUCCUUCACCUUCACCUCCGACAUGGAAGCCAUCGUCCGAGAGAUCCUCAAAGAACUCUCCGAGCCGCCAAUUCUCGUCUUCCCCGACUGGAAAGCCAUCGAAGACGGCACCAGACCUCUCCGCCUCCACUGCGACGCCAGCCUCGAUGGUCUGGGCGCGACACUAGAACAAGAACAGGCGGAUGGCUCUGUUUGA